AUGGCGAAAGCCGGCGUCAUGUGGCACAUGAAUAUUCGCGAGAAACGGGAGAUAGUCAGCGCGUACUGCUGCGAGGUCCGGCUGCUCGGCAUCCGGCUUCUCGGCAUGAUCUCCCUCAGCCUGGGCCCCCAAUUUUUUGAGGACUACAUCGAGAAUGCCCUCGGCGAGCAGGAGCAGCAUAUGGCGCUGGCGGUGAACUACUACCCGCAGUGCCCAGAACCCGACCUCACCUACGAUCUGCCGAAGUACACGGAUCCCAACGCCCUCACCAUCCUCCUCCAGGACCCCAACGUCGCCGGCCUUCAGGUCCUCAAGGGCAGCGGCGGCGGCGAAGACCAAUGGAUCGCCGUCAGCCCCCGGCCAAACGCUCUCGUCAUCAACCUCGGUGACCAGUUGCAGGCGCUGAGCAACGGCGCGUACAAGAGCGUCUGGCACCGCGCGGUGGUGAACGAUGCGCAAGAGCGCAUGUCGGUGGCGUCUUUCCUGUGCCCGUGCAACAGCGCGGUGAUCAGCCCCGCGGUCGCGCUCGUCGUCCGCGACGGGGACGCGCCCGUGUACCGGAGCUACACCUACGACGAGUACUACAACAAGUUCUGGAGCAGGAGCCUGGACGACCAGGAGCACUGCCUGGACCUUUUCAGAAGCACCCAGCCCGGCCAGUAA